AUGUUGGAGAAGCACUUGAUCGACACAUCCAUUAUUAGCUCGGUCUUCAUCCUCAACCGGAUUUACAUCGUGCCCGUCUUUGGUGGUGGGCGUCCAAAGGCUAUCGUCUUUCUACUUCUUCAUACUGGGAGUCCCGAUCACUUCGGUCUUUGGAGGGUUUCCGUCUCCAACAAGCGCUACCGCGGUGAGUCCGUCUGCACCGAGCUCCCUCGGAGAGGGCGGAGUCGGUGA